UUUAUCUCUCCCAUGAUGGCUGGUGGUCAUGGACAAAAGAGAGUGACUCCUAUGCCUUCUAAGCAAAGCACUCAAAAAGAAGUCCCAAUUUCCAAAAGAAUGAAAAGUACGCCGAACCAGAAAAUUGUAGCUAGUGAAGAAGAACCAGAAAAUCUUAAAAAGCGUCCAACCAUGGGUAUGGAUAAAUUUUUGGAGACACAUGGGAUUCAUUUGGAAAGAGAAGAUGACGAUUUUGAACCAAGUGCUGAAAACGAAAGAUCUAUUCAAGAAAAGCAACAAAAUCUUAGGAAGAUAAAUACAAAAUCAAGUUGUCAAGCCAUGACACUUGAUACAUUUUUGGAGACAAAUGGGAUUCAUGUGGAAGGAGAGGAGGAACAUAGUGGAGCAAAUGCUAAUGAAGUUGGAGAUGAUGAUGAUGAUGAUUUCUCGGAUGAUGAGGACUAUGUUGGUGAAUAUGAAGAUGCAGUUCUUCAUGGUGAUGACAAUCACCUUAUGGAAACUAACAAUGUUAAAGAUACUCCAAAGACUAGAAGGACACGAGGAAAAACAAGGUGUGCUAAAAUUCAUGCAAGAAGUUGGGAAGAAAGAGAAGAGGUGACUUUUUAUAAAGGACAAGCAGUGGGACCAACUCCAAGAAGAGUGAAUGAUUUAACUUACUUUAUUGGAACAAUGGGAAGGAAUAGUGAUUUCAUAACAUUGAUGUACACAAGUUGGAAAGCUGUGCCCCUCAAAGUCAAAAAGCGCAUAUGGAAAUAUAUUAACGUAAGUGUUUUAUUUCUCAUAUAUUUUUUAUGAUCUGAAAAUUUUCAAUUUCGUAUGGCUUAGCUAUAGUUUUGUGAAAAUAUAUAGCUGCUGUUUUAUGCUGCAGUUGUCUUUGUUUUUAGUGUUCU